CCCCUCUGGGCUUCACCGCCCACCCAACCUCCAAUGUCUUUGGAGUCACCACAAAUACAAAAAAGCCUAAACAGCUUUAGGCAGUCACUGGGUCUAGUCAGUAGAGGAGCAUCAAGCUCAGACCUCCACGCUGCUGGAAGGAUCUAUUACAUUGAAAAAAAUUUGCAGAAGGCACAGUGUGACCAGACUGCUGCCUGAAAGGGAACAGAGCUGAGAGCACUGAGGACUGUGAGCAGAGCCUUCUGAAUCAGAAGACCUCGAGAGGAAAGCCAAGAUGUGGAAGAAGUCAAAGGUGACCGAUCAAACUGCCGCUGGGCAGGCGGUCGACGAUUCAGAAGGAGUUCAACCAGACGACAAAGGCAUCAAGAUAAAGUCGAAGGUGCCCGGUGUCAUGAUAACGCAGUUUACGGAGGAACUUCCAGAGGGAAUGACAACUCCAGAUUUUACCCGCAAACCAAUUGCUCUGACUAUUCAAGAGGGUAAAUUUGGAUGCUUUAAGGCCAAAGUUGUGGGCACCCCAACACCUACUGUAACGUGGAGCAGAGCAACCGGAGAUUUGCAUUUUCACCCCGAAAUGUGCCUACAAAAGUAUGAUGACGUAACCGGCGAACAUACCAUUGAGUUCCCUAAGGUCUCUCCGGAGGAUGCUGACACCUACAAGUGUUUUGCAACAAAUGAAUAUGGAAGGGCUGUUUGCACUGUUGUCUUGAAUGUUAUUUCAGUUGGAUUCUCUAAGAGCAAGGAACUUCAAAAGCAAUCAGGAGAAGAUGUAACGGACUUAAGAAAAAAGCUGAAAAAACGUAAUCCUGAUGGAACACGUGAGCAAAAGCCAAUGGAGCCAGAAGAGAAGAUCUGGGAAAUUCUCCUUAGCGCAGACAAGAAAGACUACGAGCGCAUCUGUGCAGAGAAUGGUAUCACAGACUUCCGCCGCAUGCUAAAGAAACUCAAUGAAAUGAAGAAAGAGAGAGAGGAAGAGAUUGCAGAGUUUGUUUCACACAUUGGUACCUUGAAACCUAUUGAAGUCACUGACAAGGACUGUGCAACAAUUGAAUUGGAAAUGGACCUCAAAGAUCCUAGCAGCAAAGUUUUCCUGUACAAGAAUGGCGUCAUGGUUCCAUUCACCAUAGAAGACAGCGAGGAAAUGAAGCAUAGCUUGAAACAAGUUGGCAAGAAAUUUAUAUUCAAAAUUGGUAAACUAAGUUCAGAAGAUGCUGGACUCUACUCAGUGGAUGUUGGGGGCGUCAAUGUAUUCUCCACAGAAUUUAAAGUGCCUGAAGUUGACUUUGCUGUCAAAAUACAAGAGGUUACAGCAGAAGAACGAGGAGACGCCCUUUUCCAAUGUGUCCUGACUGCCCCUCUGAAUGAGCUCAAAUGGUUGGGCAAAAGCGCUCCGCUGACCAAUGGUGAAAAAUUUGAAAUCACUGUAUCUGAAGAUAAGCUUAUCCACAAGUUGAUUGUGCGGGACUGUAUGCCUUUGGACGCUGGUAUCUACGCUGCUGUGGCAGGAAUCAAAUCAUGUAAUGCCUGGCUUAUAGUUGAAGACCCAGGAGUUCACUUUCACGCUGGGCUUUCUGACUGCAAAGCCAUUGUUGGAGAAGCAGCAGAGCUGGAGUGUAAAGUGAGCAAUGAAGACUGUGAGGGAAUCUGGUACAAAGAUGGAGAUGAGAUUAAAUCAUCUGAGGGUAUAACCAUUUCAAAGGAAGGAACUUUCCACAGGCUGAAAAUUCACAAAGUCACAGAGGAAUUUGCUGGGAAAUAUAAAUUUGAAGCAGAUGGGCGGAAGACGGAGUCCUUGAUUAUUGUUGAAGACCCACCAAGAUUUUCCACUGAGGACCUGGAAGCAUUUAAAAUCCCUGCAACCGUGAAAAAGGGACAAAAAGCUACCUUCAAACUACCUUAUGUUGGACGGGAACCUAUAAAAAUCCAGUGGUACCUUGAGGGUGAAGAGCUUUCAGAAGAAGCAAAUAUUAAGUUUGAUCACUCGGAGGGUUGUACCUCUCUGUUCCUAACUAAGCUGCAGCGCAAGGACAGCGGUGAAGUCAAAUUAAAACUCAAAAAUGAGUUUGGCACUAUCGAGGCCUUCACCCAGUUAGUUGUAAUGGAUAAACCCACUCCUCCAAUGGGACCUCUGGAAAUUGUUGAAGCCUCCUCCUCUGCACUUGAAUUCAAGUGGAGGCCCCCAAAAGACAGUGGUGGCUGCAAGAUAGGCAACUAUAUCCUUGAACGAAAUCAAGUUGGCCGCAACACCUGGAAGAAGCUGGGGCCAAUUGGUCCAGAGGCCAAAUACAGGGACACUGAUGUGGACCAUGGCAGGCGGUACUGCUAUCGCAUCAGAGUGGAGACUGAAAUGGGCACCAGUGAGCUGAUGGAAACAGAGGACAUUCAAGCUGGAACAAAAGCAUACCCUGGACCUCCAUCAGCCCCAAAGGUUGUGAGUGCCUUCAAGAACUGUAUCAACCUCUCUUGGUCUCCUCCAGCCGACACUGGAGGAACCAAUAUUCUGGGAUACAAACUUGAAAAACGCAAGAAGGGCAGCAACUUGUGGGGCGUAGUAAACACACCUGAUGACAUGAUCAAAGGUAAGGGAGUCGGCGUUAAAGAUGUUGUUGAGGGCAUGGAGUACGAAUUCCGUGUGGCAGCAAUCAACAACUCUGGAGCGGGUGAAUUCAGUACACCAUCUGAGUUUGUGUUUGCCAGAGAUCCUAAAAAGCCUCCUGGUAAAGUCAUAGACUUUAAAGUGACAGAUUCCACCUACACAACCCUGUCUCUGUCUUGGACCAAACCCAAGGACAUUGAGGGGGUUGAGGAUGAAGCCAAAGGAUAUUUUGUGGAGAUCAGGCCUGCAGAAAAUACGGAAUGGGAUCGCUGCAAUGCAAAUGCAAUAACCUUGACUUUCUAUACAGUGAAAGGCUUGAAGUCAAUGGCCAUGUACUGGGUGAGAGUCAUUGCUACUAAUGAUGGAGGACAGGGUGAGCCACAGGAGCUGGAUAAUUACAUCCUUGCUAUGCCCCCUCCAGUGAGACCACGAUUCACGGAUGCCAAAAUGAAGAGUUUCAUGGUAGUGAGAGCAGGAAAUUCUGCGCGUUUCAACAUUAACUUUGAGGCCUCUCCUUGGCCUGAGGUCAUCUGGCUGAAAGAUGGAGUGCCGGUGUCUAAAAAGGUGACCAUUAGCAAUUCAGAGGGAACCUCCCAGCUUCUGAUUCCUUCUGCUGAGCGCACAGAUACUGGAAUCUACACUAUUAUUGUCAAGAAUAUUGUCGGCCAAGAAUCAUUCAGCACUGAAAUUAGAGUCACAGAUGAGCCAAAGCCACCAGGUCCCGUGGAGACAGACGAAAAUGUGCCUGGCACAGUGACCGUUUCAUGGACUGCAUCUCCAGAUGAGAAACGUGAUGACAGGCUGCACUACAUGGUGACCAAGCGUGAUUCAACUAAGACAGCAUGGCACACCAUUGGAGAUCACAUCUUCAACAACAGAUUCACAGUCUGCAACAUAAUGCCGGGCAGAGAAUACCAGUUCAGAGUCUAUGCAAAGAAUGACAUGGGCGCCUCCAAACCCUCUGAAUCACAAAAGUGGCUAAUUCCUGUUAAAAAAGAAAAGUUUACUAUAAACAUGCCAGAAACAAAGGCAUGUGAUCUACAGUGUCCCCCCAAGUUCAUUGUCCCCCUGAAAAUGCACACUGCUCCUCAAGGGUAUGAAUGCUACAUGAGCUGUGCUAUAAAAGGGGAUCCAACACCUCAUGUGACAUGGCUCCGCAACAGUAUCAGUCUGAAUACCAACACUAACUACUUCAUCUCCAACACCUGCGGAGUCUGUUCUCUGCUCAUAUUGAGGGUUGGACCUAAAGACUUCGGGGAGUACAAAGUUGUUGCAGAAAGCGCUUUGGGGAGGGCGGAGUGCACCACUAAACUCACAGUCAGAGAAUAAAUGAACACGCUGAAGAUCUUAGAAGAAUUGUUCUAAAGCGCUUACAGAAACCAAAUGGUGGUAAUUGCAUACUGCAUCUUUAGUGUUAAGCAAAUUCUGUCAAAUGUAGAAUGAAUGAUUAUUUAAGAUUGCCCGCGAUACUUUUCUUAAAGGUAGUUAACUCGAUGACAAAUUCCUAUAGAGGCUGGCAUUUACUAAAGUUUAA